AUGGAGGAUGUUGAAAUGGAUGUGUCCAACAGCUACUUCGACCCCGAAGAUCUUAGAAUCAGAGAGCAGUUUCGCCGUUACGGGAAAAGGCACUCGAUAUCAAGCGUAUCACCCCAUCAAGAUGGUUCCAUUUCCAAGUUUAGUGAGUCCAGGCUGUUGUACGAUGGACAGAAUAUUCACAGCCCCACUAAUGCUGCACUUCUUCUGGAAAAUAUUAAGCAAGAGUUUGCUAGCAUUGAGGCUGAUCAUUUUCAAGGUACUACUACGCCUUCAAGGACACAAUCUGCUAUGAAAAGGAGAUCAACUGUUGAUAGUCGUGGUGGAUUUGUGGAGGCUGAUCUUGGUAUUGAUUCAAUUGGUCGAUUGGGAAGCCAAUCACUUAAAGCUUGCAAGAUCGAGGAUGAGACAUUGAUGGACAGUGGAGAGACUACUUUUGGUUUAUUUGCGUCUCUUUUUGAUUCUUCUAUUCAAGAUAUUCUGUUGGAAGAAGAAAGAACCUGGAUUGACAAGUACUGUGUUUACUGUGCUAGAAUUGAUGUUGAGUACAAUGGGUUGAUGCCAAUUCGGGAUCUCAUUUUAAGAUUUGAAAAAUCAUGCCGGGAUGUUUCAGAGUCCAUCAGGUAUGGAUCCAACAUAUGGCAUCGAGCUGUAGAGGACAAAUUGAUGAGACAGAAGGCUCAGUUCUUGCUUGAUGAGGCUGCUACCUGGUCUCUCCUUUGGUACCUCUAUGGGAAAGGCAAUCGACGUUUAUCCUCUAAUACUUCCAUGCUUGAAAUUGAUGCUUGUGAUGAUCAAUCACCCUCAACAUCGCAUUUGGAGGCUUGCCAAUUUGUCGUGAAUGACCAUACAGCACAGCUGUGCCUCCGAAUCCUUCAAUGGCUGGAAGGAUUAGCCUCUAAAGCCCUUGAUUUGGAAAGCAAGGGUGUGGGGUUCAUGUGUUAUAAGCUAGUAUCUGUCAAAUUAGUUGUGGAGGUGCGAGGAUCUCAUGUUGGUACCUAUCUUCCAAAUUCAGGAAUUUGGCACCAGACUCAACGAUUUCUAAAGAGAGGUGCCUCCAAUACAAAUACUGUUCAUCACUUGGAUUUUGAUGCUCCAACACGCGAACAUGCUCAUCAGCUACCAGAUGACAAAGUUCAUUUUGCUGAUAACAUUUUCCAUUUAAAUGCAAAGACUUUUGAAACAGGAUAUGAAAUAGAGGAAAUUUUAAAACAAGAGGAAUCUCUUCUGGAGGAUAUCUGGACGCUAUUAAGGGCUGGAAGACUAGAAAAGGCAUGUGACCUUUGCCACUCAGCUGGACAGCCAUGGAGAGCUCCAACUUUAUGUCCAUUUGGAGGAUUGGACCUUGUUCCUUCUGUUGAAGCCCUGGUGAAAAAUGGGAAGAACAGAAUGCUGCAAGCCAUUGAAUUAGAAAGUGGAAUUGGUCACCAAUGGCAUUUAUGGAAAUGGGCUUCCUAUUGUUCAUCGGAGAAAAUUGCUGAGCAAAAUGGUGGGAAAUAUGAAGUAGCUGUUUACGCAGCACAAUGCAGCAACUUGAAGCGCAUGCUUCCAGUCUGUACAAACUGGGAGUCAGCAUGCUGGGCAAUGGCAAAGUCUUGGCUUGAUGUUCAGGUGGACUUAGAACUAGCUCGCUCACAACCAGGAAGAAUGGACCAGCUUAAAAGCUAUGGAGACGUUAGUGAUGGAAGUCCUGGACAAAUUGAUAGCGCUGCUCAUGCAGCUGGACCAGAAAAUUGGCCAGUCCAAGUUCUGAACCAGCAACCACGGAACCUUUCAGCUCUUCUUCAGAAACUCCACUCAGGUGAACUGGUUAGUGAAGUGGUUAGUCGAGGAUGCAAGGAGCAGCACCGGCAAAUUGAGAUGGAUUUAAUGUUAGGGAAUAUACCACAUCUUCUGGACAUGAUCUGGUCAUGGAUAGCACCUUCAGAGGAUGAUCAAAAUAUCUUCAGGCCACAUGGUCAUUCUCAGAUGAUUCGGUUUGGUGCUCACCUAGUGCUUGUGCUGAGGUAUUUACUUGCAGAGGAAAUGAAGGAUUCUUUUAGAGAGAAACUUAUGACUCAACAUGAGGAGUUGGUUGGCAUUUACGCUUCUCAGCUUGCACGUCACCGUUGUGUUGACCUCUUUGUGCAUAUGAUGGAACUGAGGCUAAAUAGCAGGUAA